AUGUCUUCCUCAUCCAACAACACGGACAGCCAACAGCAGGAUGCUCUGUCCAAACUUCCAACUGAGCUUCUACUCGAGAUCAUCAGCAAGGAUUAUCUGAAAUGGGAGGAUCACUACAACCUCCGACGUACAUCAUCUCGCCUAUCACAGCUUGUUCUCGAGCCCAUGUACCAGGGAGGAGACUAUUGCAUCUUUCGCAUGGCUUGCUUUCGUGGUGAUCUCGAUACGCUAGCUGUCUGUGCUCUGUAUGAUGCCGUACCGACCGAGUGCAGUCAGAAGAGCCUGUUCGCGGGUCCUUUGGGUCUCAUUCAGCCGGGACAAGGCCUCCACCCAAGUGAGACGGAGAAUGACAACUACAAGGAGUCUUCGUAUUUCAAUGCCUGGGGCGACGGACUUCACGGACCCGGCGACAUUGUUACACUAGGAUUCUACCAAGGCAUGUUUUCUGUAGAGAGAUUCAUCGAGGUUUGGCAAUGGCUGUCGGGCCAGGGGUGUGAACUCUUCACUUUUAUGAAGCUAGGCUCCCAGAUCAUCAUGCCUUUUUCUUGCUUCUCGUUUGCUCUGCUAUCCAUGCUUCCAAGUGCUGAUCUGCGACGUGAUUCAUUUCCUUUACAGCAAGGGCUUGAGAAUCCCUCAUCAGGACAGGAGACUUUGGCCAGGGAGAAUCGCCCAACCAUGCUGCAGACUCUGCUGCAGACCAACUGCCCACCCUCCAUUGUUGAGCUCUACUUGAGACAGGUCAACGAUGAGGGCCUCUCGCACAUGGCUUUCAUCCCCGCGUGGAUUGGAUUGGGAAGCAUCCCGGAAUUUCUCCACAUCCUGUUCGAUGAUAUGUUCGCUCCCUGGAUCUUCAAGGGUGACAAUACCCGUAGUAUGGGCGAUGAUCUCCAGGAAAAGAUCUGCUUACUCACCCAACAUCAAGGCGCCAAUGCUUUUGAGCUGUACAUGCUUCAGGACAUUGUUACUGCAUUGCGAAGGAUUGAUGCCAUAAAGGUAAGUCGGGGCUAUCUUGACUUUGACCGCGAUGGAGUGUGGUGCUGGUAUGAACUCUGCAUGGCAGUUGCUUAUAUCUCUGAUGAGAAUAUUUGUAGUCAAACGGUGGAUCUUCACUUCACCGACCCUGGAGACGCAGAGAUGAUUAACCCAUACUUCAGGAGAUCCUGGGCUCCUCACAAGCAACUGGCGCUUGCGAGGAGAAAGGUCCUCAGGAAGAGAGCUCUUGAGUCUGGGGAAGAUCCCAAUGGUGUCCAGCCACAAGGAGUGGUGCCAGCCGGACGUAGAUGGGCUCAGAUGCCCCUGGCUGCUUGGGAAUUCACCCUAUAA